GUUUCCUUGGCCUUUAACGGCAAAUAAUGGUCUGUCAGCUCAGUAGAGGGAAGAAAUCGACUGACAAGGUAAGAAAAACAGAUGGCAGGAAAACAUCCCUUCUUAAAAUACUUCUGUGAUGUGUUCAACCUAACGUGCACUGCAACGCGGAUCUGAAAUAACAUAACCACGCAAACGCCAGACGGCCUUACCCAACAGCAAACAGUCCAACUACGAAUAAAUGGGCUAGUUUUAUCUCUCAGAAAUCAUCACAUUACAUGGUUGGUGGAUGCAAUCCAUUUUAAACCUAGGGGAAAGUGUUCUCCGUGGGGCGUUCGUGCCAAUAAUGCUGCACGUUCUUCGCUCUGUUCCGCCCAAAGACAGAAUCGUCGCCUCGUGCUAGGCGAUGCCGAUUACUUCAGACAAACGUUUCUCGCCUAAAUUUGGUUUUCUUUACUGGUAAUUUACGUCCCCAGUUACCAACAGGCGCACUGGUCGCUGAUUGCUUGGCUGUGUCAACGCCGCUCCCUUGUCUAGAAAUAGGGUCGGUAUGGUAGUAUCGUAUCACAACACCACCAUACUACCUUACAGCACACCAGAGUCUUGUCAUGCGUCAGAAUUCUCUUAUAGUCCACUUCUCGCUCCUGGCUAUUCAACUCUUGACUUUUGUGGAAGAUCUUUGCAUUACCUCUCAAACCUCCUAUACAAGUAUUAUUUUGAACUCUUUACGUCGGAAACGUUCUUCGACAACGACAAAUCUCGCUAUUUGCCUAGCAUAAUACAAGAAGGCAAUAUGGGAAAGUCGUCGACAAGGUCUACUUGGAAGACGCUGGCUGUGGCUGGCGUCUCCCUUGCCACUGUUCUCGAUGUUGCUGGUGCUCGAGUAAUCGACAUCAACGCUCAAGGCGCCAACGGCAUGCGAGAACAGGUACAAAACCAGGUCAAGAACAUGCUUGUUCCAAUUCCUUCACAGAAGCUCCCAGAUGCUAGCCAAGCUGUCCCGCAAACCAUCGAACCCAAAGUUGGAGACAUGCUUAACGGUGGCGAUGUUGGCGAAGUCCAGUUUCUGACCCCAGAAACAUCUGAGUCAAAGGGAACCGAUAUGGAAUCGGACCUUAAUUCGAAGGCUGAUGUUGAUAUGAGAACACGACCUCUUCAACUUCAGGAUAACGAUAUGGAGGACAGCAUGAGAAACAACACGAGACCGAGCGACGUGGACGGCAAGGACUUCAUGAGAGGCGACUCAGUCGACAACAAGAUGGAUACCGGUAUGUCCCACGGUGACGGAAGAGAUGGAAAUAUGAUGGACGAAAAGAUGAUGGACAACAAAAUGAAUGAUGUCAACAUGAACGAUGUCAACAUGAACGAUGUCAACAUGAACGAUGUCAACAUGAACGAUGUCAACAUGAAGCAGGUCAAUGAGAAGGAGAGAAACGGAAAUGAUGUCGAUUUCAACCGCCCUGGAACCGGCACAAAGGGGAUGGACAUGCAGGACUCCAACCGCACUAACAUGGACACGAAGGCGCCAGAAAUGAAGGAAUCCGAAAUGGGACGACCAGACAUGAUGGACACAAAACGACCUGUAACGGAAGAUUCUCCUAUGCGCAAGCCAGAUGUGCAGAUCCCUGACGCCAAAGAUUCUAACAUGACGGACAUGAAAAUAAAUGAUACUAUGAAGGAUACGAAAAUGAAGGACACAAACAUGAAAGACACCAACAUGAAGGACUCCAACAUGAACGAUUCCAACAUGAACGAUUCCAACAUGAGAGAUUCUGACAUGAAAGACUCCAACAUGAAAGACUCCAAAAUAAACGAUUCAAACAUGAAGGAUACCAACAUGAAUGAUAGUAUGAAGGAUUCUAACAUGAGGGAUUCUGACAUGCGUAAGCCCGAUAUGAAGGAUUCAGAUAUGAACCAGCCCGGUAUGAAAGACAGCAACAUGAGAGAUUCUGAUGUGCGCAAGCCCGAUAUGAAAGAUUCGGACAUGCGCCAGCCGGCUAAAGAUUCUAGCAUGGAAGAUGGCCAAAUGAAUAACAAGAACGCCAAGGACAGGAACUCCAAUGAUAAGAAUACCAAGGACAAGAACACGAAUGACAAAGAGACAAAGGGCAAGACCACAAAGGACAAGAAUGUGGACGAUAAGAGCACGAAGGAUAAGAACGCAGACGACAAGAACACAAAGGACUCUGGUAUGGAUAAGACCAAGCCUGAUGUGAAGCGUCCGUUCAUUCCUGAUCCGAAAAAGCCCACCAUGCCCGAUGUUAAGCGUCCUGAAAUGCCAGACGUCAAGCGACCUCAGAUGCCUGAUGUCAAGCGCCCCGAAAUGCCCGAUGUCAAGCGCCCCAAUGUCCCCGGUGAUGACAAGACAUCUACUGAUGAGGAACGUGGUAGAAUUGGCAGAAAGAGUCUCUGGUUGCCUAGAGUUGGAGCUACAUGGCAGAUUGUCUUGCGCGGUGCUAUCGAUAUCAGAAAGAUGACUUCCCCCAAUGUCGAGGUCUGGGAUAUUGACGCCUACGAGAACAGCGCUGCUACAAUUAAGCAGCUGCAGGCUCAGGGGAAGAAGGUCAUCUGCUACUUCAGCGCUGGUACCUACGAAAACUACCGUGAAGAUAGAAACCUCUUCAAGCAGAGUGAUUUGGGUGAGGUCCUUGAGGGCUGGCCCGAUGAGCGCUGGAUCAAGCUUUCAAGCCCCACCGUGCGAUCUAUUAUGGCAAAGCGCAUUAAGACUGCUGCUGCCAAGGGCUGUGAUGCCAUUGACCCUGACAACGUUGACGGUUAUUCCAACAAGAACGGUCUUGGUCUCACCAAGAACGACACCAUUGACUUUAUGAAGUUCCUUACCAAGGAAGCCCGUUCUUACAACAUGUCUACUGGUCUGAAGAACGCCGGUGAUGUUAUUGACCCUCUUCUCACUACUGUUGACUUUGCUGUCAACGAGCAGUGUGUUGAGUUCUCUGAGUGUGCCACCUUCUCCAAGUUCAUCAAGGCAAACAAGCCCGUCUUCCACAUUGAGUACCCUGCUGGAGCUCCUUGGAUUGGAAGCGCUGUUGCCAAGGGCAUCUUCUCUCGCAGAGGCAAGGCUAACGGCUCUGAGGGCUUCAGCACCGUCGUCAAGAAGUUGAACUUGGACGGUUGGGUUAGAUACUUUGAUGGCUCUGUAGCCAACACAAUAAUGGGCUAGUGUACGCUAGCUCUGGGGAUUCGCCCAUUCUUUUUCUUUUCUUUUCUUUUUCUCUUUUCCCUUUCUUUUGUUUAGUAGCUUAGCCUGCGUUGAUUUUACUUUGUUUAUUUGCAAGUUGGUGGCACGCUCCAUUGGGUCGACAUCAGCUUGCACUGCUUUUGACUGUUUAGCCCCAGCGUAUUUUAGCGUUCAAGUUUUGAUUUUGAAUAUAAAAGAUAACAGGUCUGUUUUGAGCAUUGACCUGAUAUUAUCUGGAAUUCUCUGAAAAAAGUUUACAAUUCUUAUAUACACUUGUACAUGGUGAUGGGUAGCCACGCUCUCACGGUAAAUCAGCCCUGUGCUAUAAACUCGCCCUCCUGCUUGAAUAACCAAUCGCUAUUCGCAUCCAUCAUAAAAUUGGUAAUGUUAAACUCGUUUGGCAUGCCUUGCUGCGGACCUGCAGGGUGCAUAUUCGGGUCGCCCAUCUGAUUCCCGCCAUUCGUGCCGAGAGGUGCCUCCACGCCGACGGGAAGUCGAGGAACGUUGAAAAAGUCAAAGACGUCGAGAUAUUCGAGCUCAUUCGGCCCUGGUGUUCGUGUCGGGGUAAUAGUAUUAAAUUUGGCGUUCGGCUGUGAGCCAUGUCGUGGUUGUCGCGAGAUCAAAAAGUCCAAAUCAAAGGCUGUGCGACGCAUAUCUGCUAGAAUAGUGACAGAGCUGGGAGUGACACCAUCUCCUUGCUGAUCGCUUUCACGCUGCUCAUCUAAGACGCGCUGUAACAGACCACAGUAUCUUGCUGCCACGGGCCAAUAUCGACCCAUCUCUCGAAGCUUGUCGACAAAGAAGUGUAUCUUGGGCGAAAGCUUGCGCUCGACUGUUGAUCCAUGGACGAGGAGCAGACGCGCUGACACCCAAACUGUGAAUGCGAAUGGGGGGCCAAGUUUAGGGAGAAGACCAUUUGUGGUUACGAAGCCAGCAAUGGCCGCGAUGUUUUCAACGGCGGACAAGCAUCGCUGAGAAGCGCUGUAGGAUGGUGUGAAAAUGUUGGAGCGAGUUGUGGGAUAAGCUGCGGAGGAGUGUAGACGGAUGAUGGCAGUGUUGAAGGUGGCGUGGAGCAUCACAAGGAUAGGCCUAUCCUUGCUCUUGGAGGAUUGAAGUAGUUUUGAAAGAUCUCCAUAGUCAGGCGGAAGACUGUACUUGAAGCCGGUGAGGAUAUUGUCGAGCUCCUUGUAUCGUUGCUGCCAUUGUUCGACAUCGUGGGGAUUGGCAAUGUUGAUGGGCUUUUUAAGGAACUUGUGUAUCCGUGACAGCAGGCCUAGGAUUUCAAUGUAGUAUGCAAGAGCGCCGAGAUUUUGCGGUUGAUCGAAUUCGUGCUCGUGAACAACAUUAUCAACGUCGUUUGGCUUGAACCAUCGCGUCUCUACCUUUUGAUUCGCAUUUAGGAAGUCGUCAUGGCACGGCAGCGUCCUGUCGAUUUCCUUAUCAUCCAGGGCAAAUUCGAAUGCAGUGGCAAUUGUCGCAUAUCGAUCCAAAAGGUAAAUCAUCCAAAACAGACGGCGUCGUGAUUCAUCUUCAACAAAAUCUCGCGGCUCGGGAAGAACCAUGGCUCUUAAUGUGUAGAUUGAUGUAUAGUUUGGGGCGACCAUGAAGGAAUUUGUCUCCACGGCUAAUCCAAGCUGAACCACAGAUCGAGUAAUCAACGCCAUGAUAUUCCACCCGGGAGGACCGUUGCUGCUUCCGCAUAGAUCCAACGCCAAGAUGACGAGGGAUUGUAAAGACGUGACGGAUGAGUUUUCCAUGCCAUAAAGCAAGACCUUUUGCUUUGAGAUGCGAUGGUAGUGUUCUCGUCUCUGUUCUGUCAGUCGAGGGUCCGUUGAAUAGCGCAUACUUGUAGCCACAAUGGCAUGCAUAAGUAUUCUAUCCGUCUCGGUUAACGGAUUUGGGCCAAAGAGUCUGUCUAGCGUCGGCUUCCAGACGAGGAUGGGGCACCAUGUGUUGAUGUGUUUGAAAUAAAUAUCUACCAGCGAAUACAGCAAGUCGUAUGGCGGUAGAUCUUGACUUGCCGAGUUGGUUGUGUCUGGAGACGUGAUAUUGGCAAGCUGUGACGACGUUGACGGAUGCGACACUAUCGAAUGCGUUUGCAUUGCAUCCCCCAAUUGAGGCGUUUGCGGCAAUCCAAAUUGCGCUGUGCCGGGGCUUGAAUUCUCAGGUCCUGCGUUCUUGGGAAAAUGUGACGACUCAGUAGGCAGGGGUGCAGGUCGUUUCGAAUCAUUCAUUCUGAACAUGCGCAUGACGUCCUUGGGCGUACCCUGGUCGCUGGCUAGACUUGGAUUGCUCCUCUGGCUGCUUCCAGGCGGCGCCGGGACAUCAGGACCAAACGAUGACUGCAGAAUUUCGGCAUGCGCCCGUAGGAUAUCCUCCAGCUUAUCCAGUCGCGAUUCCAGCUCGCGACCGUAACCAGCUCGUAGGCCUGGCUUCUUGCGCUCCUUGUAUUCGCAGAUGGCGCCGUUGCGACUGCACCAUCCACACGAGGGCUGCUGGCGGUCGCAUUUUAC